UCCAGCGGAAGUAAACAAAACAAGCGCUAGCUGCGUUAGCUCCACGGAUGUGUGCAUUUAGCGGCGGGAUGAUGGUGUAGUUUUCGACAAUAAAUAGUUAGAUGUAAUUAGACAACAAUGUGUUCAGUUGAGUCUCUGAGAGAGUUUGUCAACGAGCGACUAACUGCUGCUGCUGAAGAAAUAUUGGGAGUUUUUAAAAGAAGCAUCGUCGAGUACGAGGAAGAGAUCGAUCGUCAGCGCAGACUGUUGGAUAUCGUUUUGAAGCCUGAAAUAAAGUUACACAGGACAGAGCUCCCACAGCAACAUGUGUGUAAGGAGGAGGAGGUUGUCCCUGAGCAGCAGCUCUGUAUUGAGGAGAGGAAGUCCAGUGUGGACCAAGAGGAGCCAGAGCCUCCACAGAUUAAAGAGGAAGAGGAGGAAGUGUGCAGCAGUCAGGAGGGAGAGCAGCUUGUAGUGAAGCAGGAGACUGAUGGCUUCAUGUUGACUCCUGCUGAUGAGGAAAGUGAGCAGAGUGAAGAUCAGACUCUGGACUUCAUUCAUGAUGACACUCAAAGUGCAGCAGAGAAAGAGUCUGUAUUUAAAAUGCCAGUUAUAAGCUCUGUGAUAUCAGAAGCAACCGGUGAGCACCAGCUGCUCUGUCACAACUCUCAUGUAGCUGAGAGCCAAAAUCAGAAAGGAGGACAUCAUGGAGAUUCGAGAUCAGUCUCACCAAUAAUGUGUAUAACUCUACCAUGUCAAAUAUUCACGGCAAAACUUGCACAGGUGAAAAGUCUUUCAAGUGUGACACUUGUGGGAAAGCUUUCAAGUACAAGUCUCAGUUAUAUAAUAUCCACCUGAGAAUCCACACAGGUGAUAAGCCAUAUUCUUGCAAAACAUGUGGGAAAGAUUUCCGCUAUAGUAGUUACUUGUUAGCCCACAUGAGAAACCACACAGGUGAGAAGCCGUACCUUUGUAAGACCUGUGGGAACAGAUUCUGUGAGCUGUCAGUACUGAAGAGGCACAUGAGAAUCUCACACAGGUGAAAGGUCAUUUACUUGUAAAGUAUGUGGGAGAGCUUUCAGAUGUAAUGGUAACUUGAAAGUGCACAUGAGAACCCACACAGGUGAGAGGCCGUAUACCUGUGAAAUAUGUGGGAAAGAUUUCAGAAUCAGCAGUAACUUGACAGUCCACAUAAAAAGAACCCACAGGUGAAAAGCUGUAUCACUGCAACACGGGUAAAGUUGGAAAACAUCGAAGAGAUAUUAAGAUGAAUAGUGUCUUGUUGGUUCACAUGGAAAGAGUCCCUGGUGACAAACUAUAUUCUUGCAUUACAUGUUUUCUCCUUUCAUAUGACUGUAUCACUUAUAUUUCUGUAAGUAGCUUUUAAACAAUCAUAAUCUCUUGAAUCAAGGAAAGUGUUAAUUUCACAGUGAGUGCAAUGUAAUUAAAGUAAUCGUGUAAAAUCGA